CUGUCUUCAGCCGAGUCCACGGAGCGCGCAGUAUGGAUCCGUUACGCAUUACGCACUAUGGUGUCCGUUCUGGCACAGUUGGUUUUCUGACACGCGCUUCUGACUCGUGUAAAGACGUCAGCUCUUAAAAAGCUGCAGCGACUUGCAGUGUGAAAACGAUUGUCUUGAAUGUAGAAGAGGGAGAAGAGGACACUUCUGUUUUUCUACGCUCCACUCAGCCGCGCUCACACUCUUUUUCGGACUUAUUUUCUAACGGGAUAUCAUUUGGUGCAUCUCCAUUUCUGGUCGUUUACUAUAUGUGGAUACUUAUCCGGCACCAUGGGAGACUCCGUGUUCCUCGACAGGCAAAAUUCCUAUCUCGGUGACUUCACCUGGAGCAGCCUGUCGGGGCGGAGCGUGCGCCUGGCACCGGUUUCCAUCCAGAGCCUGUCGGAGCUGGAGAGGGCAAAGCUGCAGGAAGUAGCCUACACCCGUUUACACCAGGACUAUGAUCUGGGAUGCCAGAUAACCAUGCCAAAAGAUGGACAGAAGAGGAAAAAGUCACUGAGGAGGAAGUUGGAUUCGCUUGCAAAAGAGAAGACCAAGGACAAAGAAUGCCUACCCCAGGCCUUCAGUAUUGUGCUAUCCCAAGUCAUUGCUAAUGACAGAACGCAGAGGCAGCGCCAGGACAGCUAUCGUCAGGACCAUCAACAUCGCGGGGACCACAAGGACUCCUCUGACCUCGUCUCGUCCAUUUUACAGUUUGCCACCAAGCGGUCGUCCAAUAAGGAGUUAUCCAGCAGUAACUCGUCUUUGAGUUCUACAUCGGAAACAGCCAAUGAGUCAACGUCCCCCAACACGCCUGAGGCUCCACCACGAGCACGCAGGAGGGGAGCCAUGUCAGUGGACUCGAUCACGGACCUGGACGACAACCAGUCCCGGCUGCUCGAGGCCCUGCAGCUGUCUCUGCCGGCAGACACGCCGAGCAAGAAGGAGAAGCACCGGGACAAAAGGCUGAGCCUGAAUCCCAUCUACCGGCAGGUUCCCCGGGUGGUGGACAGCUGCUGUCAGCACAUCGAGAAAUACGGUCUGCAGACGGUGGGGAUCUUUCGCGUGGGAAGCUCCAAGAAGAGAGUUCGACAGCUUCGUGAGGAGUUUGAUCACGCAAUUGAUGUGCAGCUGGACGAGGACCAGAGCGUUCACGAUGUGGCUGCUCUGCUGAAGGAGUUCCUCAGGGACAUGCCUGACCCUCUUCUCACCAAGGAGCUCUACACGGCCUUCAUUAACACCACAUUGCUGGAUUCAGAAGAGCAGCAUAAUGUCACUCAGCUACUCAUCUACCUGCUCCCAGCAUGCAACAGUGACACUCUCCACCGCCUCCUGGAUUUUCUGUACACCGUGACCGACCACGCUCAUGAUCGGCUGGACAAAGACGGACAGGAGAUCACAGGGAACAAGAUGACGUCUCUGAACCUGGCCACCAUCUUUGGCCCCAACCUGCUCCACAAGCAGAAGAACUCGGACAAAGAGUUCAGCGUUCAGAGCUCCGCCCGCGCCGAGGAGAGCACGGCCGUCAUCGCCGCGCUGCAGAGGAUGAUCGCCAGCUACCAGACCCUCUUCAUGGUGCCUCCUGAUCUGCAAAAUGAGGUGUUGAUGAAUCUGCUGGAGACAGAUCCAGAUGUGGUGGACUACCUUCUGAGAAGAAAAGCAUCACAGAGCCCCGACCUGCUGCAGUCAGACGACCCCUUCACUCUGAGCGAGCGCCAUUCCUCCAGCGACUCCAACAAGGUGUCCAGCGGCGAGGUGUCCCCAUACGACAACAACUCCCCCAUCCUGAGUGAGCGGAGAGGAGAGCAGGGCAGCCCGGGCAGCGAGCCGCUCUUCCGUGCCCCAGAGCAGUUCAGUGUGGGGGGGCAGGUGGCCGGCUGGAGCCGAGAGUCUGGGGCCGACACUUGGGGAAGCAAAGACGCUAUAUCAGAGGAGCAUGCAAAUAUUUGGGGGACUUGGCACACUACGCUGAAACCAGCACUCAAAGAACACACAUACACAGGUUCCCAUGGCAACAUGUCAGAGGGGAGUUCACGCAGCUCGCAGGAAGGUCUCGACGGGCUCCAUGGCGAUGGCAGGCAGCAGAUGACGCUCCACCGGACAAAGACGGCGCCGGGUGUCGCCGAGUGCCCGAGAACCCACCCCCCCGUCACCAGAGUGUGCACCAGCCCUCACAUGACGUCACACCUCUACAGCACGCAUCGAGCGAGUGGACUCACCGCAACCCCCAGGCCUCACGGCGGGGGGAACUCUGCUGACGCUCCUGGGGGGCUGAACGACAGCCGCUUCCCCCCCCAUUACAACGCCCACCACCGACUGGCGGGCUCGCCUCCCGCUCCGACCCAGCAGCCCCUCCUGCACGGGAGGCUGACUGUGGCGCAGAGCGUGGCGCAAAGCAUGGCCCCGGACAGCCAGAUGGGGCCGCAGAGCCCCGAGUGGCAGGACUGGCAGAGGGACCGCUGGCAGAUCUGGCAGCUGCUGUCCUCGGACAACGCCGACGCUCUGCCCGAAACGCUGGUGUGACCUCACAGCGAGAACUCAACCCCUGCAGAGAUCAAACCCCUCCAACGACAAUCAACCCCUUUCUUCAUUUCAUCUUUCAGCCUGCCUUUAUCCACUCAUGGAUCCAUGGAUUUCCUCCUUCCCAUGAACCCUCUGUGCUUCUCCUGCAUCCUAGCGCCAUGGCGUUGUUGUUUACGUGUGCAGCUGCUGCCUUAUACAGACUUCUACAUCCAGAGAGCCAUUAGUAUUUCUUUUUAAAAAUGGAUGUUGCUUCUGUUCCUAGUCCAAUGUGUUGUGUUGACAUGAUGAGAAUGCCCACAAGAAAUACCUCAAAAAACGAUAAUUUCACCACGAACAUACUUUCUAUUUAGCGUGAGUAAAGUCUUCAUAUCUCAAUGGAGAACAGUAGGAAAACACGUCUCUUUAGUUGGUUAUAUUUUCAUUCUUUUAUACAUUCUUUUUCACCAUACAGACACAAAGAUGUACCCAUUGAUAUUUGCUGCUAAGUGUAGAUUCCUUUGUGUGCGUACUGGUCUUGUAGUUCAGCCAAACCUGUCUAAAAAGAUCAAAUGUUGAAUUGCUUGAUGUUUGAUGUAUAUCGACACACAUAAACAAUAUAUAUGUCAAUUGACAUUUUAAGUAUAUCAUUUGCCAAACUACUAAGAGAAAGCCCUUUAAAUGGCUAAAUGUUGCAGUUUCUGUCUGUAAUGUUGAAUGUAGGAUACUUUAACUGCUUAGCCUGAUUAUAAAGCACUCCGCUGUAAGUCUGCUUCUUCGUGCUCUCGCCACUCGCUGCACGACAGGAACAAUGUGCCAAACUCUUUUUACUUCAGUGUUCAUUUCAUCCAUUUCAGAAAAAAUACUCAAAAGACUUAACAAGAUAAAGAAAUAUGAAGUAAAGUAGCCCAUGUAAUCAAUACAUAAAGUGCUUUUUAAUGGCUGUCAUGUGCAAAGAAAUACUAUAAUUUAAUAGUAUAAAUAAGGGAUACGGUUAGGAUGUGAUAUCAGAUAAAGCCAAUUUUAGCCUUUAAAAUCACUCCCGACAAAAGGUGUCUUAAUUUGAUGCAUACAAUCCUACAUUGCAAAUUCUGUUUAGUCUCCUAAGAUGAACUCUAAUGUAUCAUUCGUUGUUAUUUGACCUAAAUCUAGUUACAUCAGCUUAGAACUACGAUCCAGAACCACAUUCCCCAAGUAAAAUAUGAGAUCGUAACCUGAUCCAGAAGCAUCUCCACCAUUUCUGACCACAUCUUAGAACAACCAAUAAAGUAUGAUGAUAUCAUUACAAUAAAUUCACAUCCAAAACUAACACAGGAUAUUAAACCUCUCAUACUAGAGUUAUUUUUCUCGGAAUCAUUACAAUCCACAGAGAUUUAAGGACUCACACUCCAACUAAAGUGGCAAAAAGAUAUAUAUUUGUAAUUCUUAUUCCAGGAUUGUUGCUUAUUCAGAAACACAUUUUAAACACACCCACAAUCCUGUCCAGAUCCUCAUAAAUGUCAGUCAAGUGGGUAUUUGCUGGCAAAUAUUUCACAUUGUCAUGGUGUAAUAUUUGCUAUAUGAACAUUAAAUCUAGAAUAUAAUAAUAAAUGGACUUGUGUUACUCGUAUGUGACUUUGAGUAUUCAAUGGGAGGAAGCCUCACAGUGCAUAAGUGGAAGUACUGUGGUAAAGCUUAUGGCGCCAUCUAUUGUCAGACCAUGUGUAUUAGCAUAUUGCUGCUUCCCACAAUUCAAUGUUUCAAUGGGAUCCAUCCCUGCUCAGCUUAGACUCAAUAUGCUUGUGAUUAUAAGCACCUUUCUGUGUAAAUGUGUAAAUCUGUGUGAGGAAAUAAACGUGCCAUAGUCUUGCCUCUUGAAAGAUAUUUCUCCAUGCAGUGCUCAAGGUUUGCAUUUUGUGAAUUUCUUUGUAUUACUUUGUUUUUUUUCUGUUGAGUGUUGUAAUAUAUAAAUUCAAUAUAAUACGAUUUUUAUUAAAAGGAGAAAAAAAGACAAAAAAGGAGGGACUAAUCCUAACUCCUUGUCUUGUUGACCUCACUAAGAGAAACUUAGUGGUCUUGUGUUUAUUGUGGAUAUUUUCGGUGGGGUUUACUGGGUCCAAGUUGUAAUGGAGUGUCUGGUAAUUGCUUUUGUAUCGCGUGUCAUCAUCAAUAUGCUACAAUGGAAUUAAAUAUGAUAA